UCGAAAAAGGACCGAUGCGAAGCAGCUGUCAGAAUAUUGGAAAUUUUGCUGAAAAAGAUGUCGAUCACGCGAUAGACAAAGGCAUCAUCGCUACGCACCAAGUCAUAUCGCCCAUUCAUUGCGCGUUCGAGUGUCUGGAUAACGGUAAGUGCUUAUCCUACAACUUUGAACGGGAUGCAGGCGAUGAUGGACUGCACGGUUGCGAAUUGGUGGAUAAAACGAAGAAUAUGACGUCUAUGAGUGCCCGCGCUGGAUACACACAUUAUGAAACGUCAAAGACAUCGUGUGUCGGAAUGGUUUGUGAGAACGAUGGGUCGUGCAUUCAAGAUUGUGUCACAGGCGAGACAAAAUGUAUUUGCCUACCAGGUUUUCUCGGCGAGAACUGCUCAGUAGGAGUUUCGCCGUCGAUAACAGUCCAUCCCAAAGGAGGAGAGGUGCACCCAAACGACACCGUGACACUGGAUUGUUUUUCGCAACAUACGGAAUGGUGGAAAUGGAUCAAAGAUGGCCAUAUCAUGAACUUGGCGUUGAACGAUCGCUUCAGCCUCCUUCCAAACGGAAGCUUGCAGAUUAAACCAUUCAUCGCAACAGACAGUGGGUUAUAUUCGUGUACUGCAUUAAAUCGAAUUGCAGGAGUUAAUUCUAAUGAAGGUUAUGUCGGGGUUGCAGCUUUGCCAACUGCAACAAUUUCUACACGAUUUGUCGAGUUUGGCUCUAUAUUCUACUCUUCCAUAUCUGCACGACUCUCAGGAUUCACAGUCGUCGACGCUUGGUUUAAAGAUGGCGUCGAAAUCACCCCUGGUGAGGGGCAGUAUGAUACCUACCAGGAAGAAACCAAAGCUGUUCUUGUAUUCCGUAACAUACAGAAAUCACACGAGGGAUUUUACCAUGUCCGAGCAUCGAACACGCUUGGCGUUGUUGAGAGUAACAAAACCCAAGUAAAAGUUGUCAUGGUAUGUCCUGUUUUGGAGCACCCGGCCAAUGGCAUCAGACGUGGACCACGUGUUGAAGGAAAUACAGCCUCAUUCUUCUGCAAGUUUAAGUACACGCUUGCUGGAAAUGAGAACCUCAACUGUUUGUCAGACGGAACUUGGAGUGGAGAGCCACCAACAUGCGCUUCUGACACCAGCGGUGAUCACCCAAUCCGUCUGGUGGGGGGUCCAGGGGAUAACGCUGGUCGGGUAGAGAUAUACAGUGGUGGAAAGUGGGGUGCAGUAGGGGACGCAGGAUGGGAUAUGAACGAUGGCAAUGUUGCAUGCAAGGAGCUCGGCUUCCCAGAGGCUUUAGAAAUAAUGAAACAGUUGCCUGCGGAUUAUGUGCAGGUGUUUAUCACCGACGUUCGGUGCAGUGGAAGCGAAGCAAAACUAUCCGACUGUACUGUUAACGGAGAAACACUGUAUGCUUCAAAUAUGAGGACAGCUGGUGUCGUGUGUCAGAAUCUACGACUUGUUGCAGGCAAUUCUUAUCAAGGUAGGCUAGAGGCGUACACUGGUGGACGAUGGGGGACAGUUUGUGAUGAUUAUUGGACUCCGAUGUCUACCCAGGUUGCUUGCAGACAGCUCGGCUUUCAACACGGCCGUAGUUUUGGUAAUAACGCUGAUGACAGCGUUCCAAUCGUGAUGGAUGACGUCGUAUGCAGUGGAAGAGAAAAGACUGUGUCACACUGCGCGCACGUGACGACAAGCAAUUGCGCACACAGUGAAGAUAUAAGCAUCACGUGCGAGCAAAUCAGGCUGGUCGACGGCGCGGGUUACUACGAGGGUCGCGUGGAGCAUUUCCACAACGGGAGAUGGCAUACGAUUUGUGAUGAUAGCUGGGAUGACCUGGAGGCAACCGUCGUUUGUAAACAACUUGGAUUUCCGGGGUAUAUCGCAUCCAAACAGGGUGGUUACUUUCCACCAGGAACUGUACCAAUCUCAUUCGACAUGGCGUGUACAGGUUCAGAGGCUGUUCUCAAUGAUUGUUCAAAAAGCACAACAAGCGACUGUUCUCACAGUGAAGACGCCGGCGUUAUCUGCCAGGCGGAUGUCCGCCUUGCAGGUGGAAGACAUUACUACGAAGGCAGGGUAGAGGUAUACAAGGAUGGAUCGUGGGGGACAGUAUGUGAUCACAAGUGGGAUAUCACAGAUGGCGAAGUGAUUUGUCGAAUGCUUGGCUUCCACGGUGGGUUGCGAACUUUCGACGGAGCACAUUUUGGACAAGGAAGCGGAACGAUUCACUACGAUGGGCUACUAUGUGAUGGGAGCGAAAGCCGUAUAUCCCACUGCCCCCAAACCCCGCUCGGCACUUGCACCCACGCGAAUGAUGCCGGCGUUCGUUGUACCAUCUUGAGGCUUGUCGAUGGACCAAGCAGAAAAGCGGGAAGAGUGGAACUGUUCAAGGACGGCACGUGGGGUACAAUGUGCGAUAAAAAUUUUACUAAUGCGGACGCCCACAUGAUAAGGCUCGAGUUAGAUAGAAGUUUCUAUUACAAUAGAUGGAACACGCGCAGAUAUGGUAGGGGAACGGGCGAGAUUAAAAUUUUGAAUAUGACAUGCCCUGGUUUAGUGGACAGUAUAUUGGAUUGCGCCUACUCCGAGGACACAUCAGAGUGCACACACGAGGAUGAUAUUGGCAUCGUAACAAAUACUGCCAUCAAUAUAGUGGGUAGUUCUGCUAAAGAUCACAGCGGUACUGUGCGCGUUUUUCGCCAGAGAUCGUGGUUAGACCUUUGCGCAAACGAUUGGGACAUCCGCGAUGCGCAUGUUCUGUGUCGGGAGCGGGGACUAUCCGGCGCAAUCGAGGCCACCAAGAAAGCGAAAUCGUCCAUCCUUUUCCGCGGUGGUAUGCAAUGCAAGGGUGACGAGCUUGCCCUCGAUGACUGUCAAGAAUCCGGGGUACCCCAGCCCUGCACCCACCUCGCGACGGUGACGUGUCAGACCUUAAGAUUGGUCGACGGAGCAAGGCCAAACGUUGGUCGUCUCGAAUUAUACAGGUACGGCGCUUUCGGUGGAAUCUGUUCCAACUCCUGGGAUCCUCGUGACGCGCACGUGGCUUGCGUACAACUGGGUUACACCUCUGGUGUUCAGGCCACGUACCCAGCGCCCGCGGACAAGGUUAGGAGCAGUGGCUACAUGUGGCUAACUAAUGUGUACUGUGGGGGUCUGGAGAAGAAUAUUCACGACUGCCCCUACACACAGAAAUCAUGUCCUCUGGCGGAUGAGGUCUGGGUCGAGUGUGUAGCUUAAACGCUUGAAAGCCUUUUACGCAUUCAUCUCUAUACGAAACAGGACUACCAAGUGGACCAUGAUUAUCUGAUUUUAAAUUUACCAGUAUAUAUUCUUGCGAUUUACACUGAUCUUAGUAUAACAAUGGACCACGCAAAAUGUCAUGCAAUUUUUUUAUCACGUUUCAUUCUGCGCGCAUAGUAGAUAUUUAAUUGAAAUGAACUUCAUUCUUAAGUUUUAAAAUAACAUUUGUUGUUACAAAUAUGAACAGUUCGCACAUUUUACAUGUGUCACGCAAGGUCGGAUUUUAUAGGGAAGGUGCCGCCCUGACAUAUCUUUCAACCUCCCCUAAAAUUGAAAAUUAUUUCGAUCCAA